AUGACCUCCUCUGUUUACUCUCCUGUAGAUUACUCACAACUUCUACCGAUUAAAACAGAAAAUUGUUAGAACCCGACUCCAACAUUGCAAGGAGGCUCUCACUCUUGGGAACCUCAAACAUUAAUUUUGUAAAAUUAGCAAUCUCAAUAAUUACCCCAACAAUAAUAAAAAUAAAUAUCCAGUAGUAACACAAACAUGAAAAAGGAAGGAUUUGUUAAUUUAGUGGCUUUUCCUGCAGAAUUCGCAAACGAAGAUGACGCUCUACUUUCAUAUAAUAAUUAUGGACAAUGGCACAAGAUAUAAUUUAAAAUUGGAUACAGAAAACGAAAUGAAGCUGGUGUAAUGGUGGGAUUUGGAUUAGUAUGCACCAAGAGAUAAUUCAAAUCUUUCGGCAAAAAUGUUGAUUAAGGCCUUAAAUUGAGAGAUGAUUGCAAUUUAAAUUGCCCUGUAAUUGUCAGAUUUAAAUGGAGAAAUGACAAAAGGAAAUUUGUUAGAUCUCCUAGAAUGAUGAUGCAUCACUCUCACACUUUAGAUAUUAAAGAGAAAUCAAACAUCAAUAAUAAGCAUAUUUAGGCAGAAAUUUAGACUUAUGUGGAGUGCAAAAUUCCACCGUAUCAAAUUCACAAGCUAAUAAAUGAAAAAUUUUAGACUAAUGUCAAUUUUGAACACAUAUAUGGAUUAAUACUAAACAUUCAGUCUCAUCAAAGCAAAGAGACGUAGUCUGAUAUAAAAUAGCUAAUAAAUUUGCUUGAGUAAAUCAAAGUUAAGGAUGAUAACUUAAGAUUUGCUUAUGAAUAUGAUGAGGGAGAAUUUUCAAAUGAAAUUUCUUAAAUGAUGAUCUAGACCUCAAUUAUGCGCCGAAAUUACCGAUUGUAUCAUGAUGUGAUGUUCAUGGAUGCAACUUACAAGACAAAUUUUCAUUCUUUAGCCUUGACCGUAUUCUCAGGUGUUAAUAAUGAAGGAAAAAAUGUUGUACUUGGUUUCGCCUUAGUGAAAAGAGAAACGAUGGAUACCUACAAAUGGCUUCUUAAAAACCUGAAGAGAUUUAAUGACGAUAUAGAGCCUGGCACUCUAUUGACUGAUUUUGACCCAUCAAUGUGUGGAGCUAUUGAAGGAGUGCUUAAAAAUACUCAGCAUUUACUCUGUUAGUGGCACAUGCAACAAAAUUUCAAGAAACACUUUAUGUUUUUAAAAAGGAUUCAUUAAGGCCAAGCAAAAUUACUUUACAAAUAUAUAGUUUAUGAUCUGAUUUAUGAAGAGAACUACUAAAAGUUUUAAACAACAUUAAACAUUAUCUUUCAACAUGCAGACCUCGUCACUGAAGCAAAACUUACAUAUUUAAGGAAUCUAAUGCAAAUAAAGGAAAAAUGGACAACUGCAUAUGCACCGGACAUCUUUUUAGCUAGAACUCACACCACUUCGAGGAUUGAGUCCAUAAACUCCCAAAUAAAAGCUAGAGUUCAUUCUAGAUCUACUUUAGUUGAAAUAUUUUAAAUGUUUUAAGACUUGGAAUAAAGAUUGCUUGAUAGGAUAUAGGGUGAACAAAGGAACGAACUUGCCUUGCACAUCAACCACCCCAUGCUAAAUGAACUUUAUAAGAGAUUCACCAGGAAAAUAUAGCAAAUGGUCUGCGAGACGAUAUGUUUCAAGUAAUGGAUCAUAAAGAAAAAUAAGCAUUUCAAAUUCAGAUUAGAUAACUUGAUUCAUCUUAAUAUGAAGAACUAUUUGAAAUAACUUGUAACUGUAAGUUCUUUCAAAUAGGGAGGCUAUACUGUCAGCAUAUAUUUACCGUCCUCAACUACCUACAAGUAAAGACUCUAUCUCAAGUAAAAUGUUACGAAAGAUGGACUAAGAGAAUUUAAUGGGAAAACUAUGCAGGCUAAGAUAUGGAGAUAUAACCCUUUUGCCCUGUAAUGGAGAGAAGGAUCUAAGAAAUUGAGUAGAAACCUCUCAAAAAUCUUCACUAUUAAUAUCAAAAUGACUCUGAAAAGAAUAUAGAUAACUAUUUCAAUAGGUCUUAUUGUCCUAAUCCUGAACCACUACGAUUAAAGCAAGAAAUUGAGACUGCUGAAUACGGAACACUCAAAAUACAACCAAAAUAUGAGCAAAGUAAAGUCCUAAAACUAGAACGACUCAAUGCUGAGUCUACUUACUGCACUUAAUUUGAGAAUGCAGAUACUCAGUGCUCUAGUACGACAAGCACGGUAAGGAAGUACUAUGAACCAGGGAAUAUAAACAGCAAUUGCUUUUAAAAUAGCAAAAAGAUUCUUAAGUCUGAGUCUCCCUUCUCUUAUGGCUUAGGCUCAGCAAUCAUGA